GUCGUGCUGGCUCCCCUCCCACUGCUCUCUCAUCGCCCGCGUGCCCCAGACCUCGCGCACUGGUACCGGGGGAUGAAUACUACCCUCACCGCCUACACCCACCUCGAGUCGCUGCUGCUUUUUCAGUCCCUCAGCGUCUAUGGCCUAGCCAACAAUGCCUUCGGCAAGAUUUCCGAGUUGCUGAAGAAUAACCCUUCCAUUACCAGCGACCGCCGCUUCCAGAGCGGCCGCCUGAGCCCGGAUGCCUUGCGAAAUUUUUGUCUGCACCUGUUGAAAGAGGAGGAGCGCAGUGAGCAGCGCCAGGGUGACCGUGUUGAUGGUGAAGUCCAGAAUGGAGAGGUUCGGAAUGCGCGAAAGCGCAAGGCGCCCAGUCCGUCAUUCCCCACGGUCCAAGAAGCAACCCAGCAUGCCCACCUUAUUCCCAAGCUCGUCAACAAGCUGUACGCCCGCUACCGAACCGCCCUCACCAACGAGAUUCGAGAUGAGGAAGAGAGAUAUGAUAGGUUGCAGAGGGAACUGCAGUCCAUCGAGCGUGGGGAGCGUGAUGCUGAACUGCUAGAAAGAGUCAAUGGAAAGUCUCCUGUGCCGCCCAGUCCCAGGCAACCUCUCAACUCGCCUCUGCUUCAUCAGAAGCCCGUAUUCCCCAGCCCCAGCGUAAAAUUUCCUAUGCAGGGCCACGUUCCAGUUCCCACUCGUGCGACCAGUGCGACUCCUGUCCCUCCUCUUCAGCCGUCCUCAGCCGAAGGUCAAAAGUCCCCGGCGCCGUUGAAUGGAUCGAUGCACGUGGAUUCUGCGAAACAGCCAUCGGAUACGAAUCAUAGACAGGACUUCUACCCAGCUGUAUCACAGCCACGUCCUCUGCAAAUGCCGUAUCCUCAAGUCUCCACACCCAUUGCCAGACCCCAGCAGCCUGUUGUUUCAACUCCUUCCUCGACAUCUACGAUUGGACGGCAGUCACUGCCACAGCUUCAACCCCCCAGCUAUCGUCCCGUGGACGCCUUCUCAACGCCUCCAAGCGUACGGACUCCGCACAGCGACGUAAGCACACCACGGCUUUCAUUCCCUCGAUGGAAGCCGUCUACGCGGCCUAUUGCAACCCCUCUAGUGUCGCGGCCUCAAUGGGAAUCUGUGGAUGAUUCAGCACCGCAGGCAAUAAUACCUGCUAAGCCGACCCAGAGCAAGGCUAAGCCUCCAAGAAAGGAAAAAGGGAACGGAAAGGCAAAGGCAAAAGAGUCGGAGAAAGAGCCAGAGAAAGAGGAGGGGCAAGAAGAUGCGGCACAAAUUGAAGUGGCGACUCAUGACCGGGAUGUAGACCAAGUGUCGGAGAUGGAAACACGUCAAGGACGGAGCCGACGGACAGGUUUUUCCAAAUCCACUCGGCCACCCAGCCUUGCGUCUUCAAGAGCCGGCGGGUCUGUUCGCGGGCGCAGCAGAAGUCAGUCCAUCAUGUCGCACGCCGAGACACCUGCAGCGGAAAUCGAGUCGCAGGCCGGCACUCGGAUCAAGGAUGAGCGACGCCCAUCCAUCGAUGUUCACAUGGCAGAUGAAACAAUGGGCGCCCCUUCUCAGCCAGUGGUCCGUGGCAGAGGCGGCGCUUCGCCAUCCAAAGGUCGCAAACGCACAGCUCGCGAAGCUUCCAUCGCCGAGUCGGAAGAACAUGUUAGCAACGUGGAUGAGCCGUCAGGAGCAGCAACAGCAGGAGCAACAGCGAGGGUGGUCAUUGCUCCUCGCAACUUCUCACGCAUGUGCAACCCCAUCAUGAACGACAUUGCCUCUCACAAACACGCAUCGACAUUCAACACGGCCGUCAAAGCCAAGAAUGCAGAAGGCUACUACGACAUCAUCAAACGCCCCACGGAUCUCAAGUCGAUCCGGCAGGCCAUCACGGCAGGUGCAAAAGUCGUUGCCGCAGCCGCUUCGAGCAUAUCCGACACGCCCAACGCCAACGGCGGGAGCACUCCUAGCGGAAGCAGCAGCGGCUUCAUCGAGCUGCCCCUCAGCGAGGACUCGGUGCCGCCCAAGGUGAUUGUGAAUUCCGCACAGCUGGAGCAUGAGUUGAUGCGCAUGUUUGCCAAUGCCGUCAUGUUCAAUCCCGGCGAAGAGGGUGUGGUCGAGGAUGCCAGGGAGAUGUUUGAGAGCUGCCAGGAGGCGGUGUCCAACUGGAGGAGCAGUGCUGAGAGGUCGAUGAUGGCUCUCGGAGCAGGGAGUGGGGUUGCGGUCGCUGGAGAGGAGACUCCGGCAACGGGCGCCCAGACGCCUGCGGACGACAAGGAGAGGGAGGAUGGUCCGGCGGCAAGUAAGCGGAGAAAGGCCUAG